UGUAUUUAAUUAAAUGAAUUGACUUGCUUAAAAUUUGCAAAGAUUUGUAAAAAUAGUUGACAAUGCUGCUGAACUGCACACGAGUGAAGCAUGUGAGAACAGCGCUGCAGAUUUGUCAAAUAACUCGAACGGUCCAGCGUAAUCCGUUGCUGCUGCUGCGGCGACCAUUCAAUCAACUGUGCAAGAUCCGAACACCGCCGGCGCCAGCUGUUGCCCGUUCAACUGGUGGCAGUACCAAAUGGGUAACCUAUCUGCUCAACUUUAGGCGCGGUUUUCGCACUGGCCACAAACCGGGGGAGGAGGUGGGUAACUUCUUCAAGUCAUUCAAGUCUGAGUACAAGCGUCUGCUCACACUGACCACAGACGAGAUAGGGACUCUAUUAAUCGGCUUCAUCUGUUUGGUUGUCUCCUCGGCGAUCACGAUGAGUGUGCCAUUCUUUCUGGGACGUGUUGUCGAUGUUGUCUUCAAUAAGAAGGGCCUGGAAGCGAAAGCAUUGGAGAACUUACGCGGCUAUUCCCUACAAUUGCUCGGCCUAUUCCUUAUCGGCGGCCUGGCAAAUUUGGCUCGCGUCUAUCUGUUUGGUGCGGCAUCUCUGCGCAUAGUGCGUCGUCUGCGCUCCAAGCUCUAUAGAGCGAUAUUGUCACAGGAGGUCGGAUGGUUCGAUACUCGCGGCACUGGCGAGCUCGUCAAUCGUCUGAGCAACGAUACCUAUGUGGUGGGCACUGCGCUCAGUUAUAAUCUCUCCGAUGGUUUACGUUCAACUGCCAUGAUCGGUGUUGGUUCCGUCAUGAUGGCGGUAACAUCGCCGGAGCUGGCGCUGGUCAGUGCACUGGUUGUGCCUGCUCUCGGUGGUAUGGCCAUUGUCUAUGGACGGUAUGUGCGUCGCAUAACCAAACUGGAGCUGGAUGAAUAUGCUGAUUUAAUGAAGCAUGCCGAGGAGCGAUUCGGCAAUGUGCGCACUGUGAAAUCCUUCUGUCACGAGCUGAAGGAGUUUGACCAGUAUGAUAAAAAACUGGAUGCAGCCAAAUUAAUUGGCUAUAAGGAGGCAAAAGCCAAAUCCAUAUUUUUUGGCAUGACUGGUUUCUCUGGUAACUUUGUGAUGAUAUCGGUUCUUUAUUAUGGCGGCACUCUGGUGCUGGACAAUCAGCUCACCAUUGGCGCUAUGACAGCGUUCAUGAUGUACGCCGGUUAUGUGGGUGUUGCAAUGAAUGGUGUAUCCAAUUUCUAUAGUCAUCUGAACAAGGGCAUUGGAGCAUCAACGCGCAUUUGGGAGAUAAUCGAUCGCAAAUAUGCAAUACCGAUCAACACGGGCAUUUCGCCGAAGGCCAAACCUGUUGGCGAGAUGCGUUUCGAUAAUGUUGACUUUAGCUAUCCGUCGCGUCCCGAUAUAAAUGUGCUAUCGAAAUUCUCGCUGACACUGCAGCCCCAUCAGACGACGGCUAUUGUUGGUCGAUCCGGUUCCGGCAAAUCGACAAUGGCAUUGCUCCUGUUGCGUCUCUAUGAUCCGUUGCAGGGCAAAGUUUAUCUGGAUGGCACUGACUUGAGUACAAUAAAUCCGCUUUGGUUGCGUCACCAUGUUGCCGCCGUUCCCCAGGAUCCGGUGCUCUUCUCCGGCUCCAUACGAUCCAACAUACUAUACGGCCUGAAUCCGGACGACCCGCCCGACGAGAAUCGGCUGCAGCGUGUCGUCCGCGACUCGAACGUGCUCGAGUUUAUCAAAAAUCUACCGUUUGGCCUGGAAACGAUUGUUGGCCAACGCGGCAUCCUCCUCAGUGGUGGCCAAAAGCAGCGUGUCGCCAUUGCUCGAGCCCUAAUUAAGAAUCCCACCGUACUCGUAUUGGAUGAGGCGACAAGUGCGUUGGAUUCGGUGUCGGAGCAACUUGUGCAGACGGCACUCGAUCGACUGAUCAAGGGUCGCACAGUGAUGACCAUUGCCCAUCGCCUGAGCACCAUACACAAGGCGCACAAAAUAGCCGUCCUCCAGCACGGAGCCAUUGUUGAGGCGGGCACCUACGAUGAGCUUAUGCAAAUACCAGAUGGCAAAUUCAGAGAACUGGUUUCCAAGCAGGCAUUCGCAGUGUAAUUUAGUGUUCAAUUAUUUGCAUAGGCAUAGACAUAACAGAUUAUGUUAUUUAACAAUCCCCGAUAGAAGAUAAGUACAAACAGUUCUUAUUGGUGAAUGGAUCGUCAAUGGUCAGAGAUUCAGAUUAAUUCAAAAUCGCUUGUUUUUAUGAAAUGUUUAAAAUUUUCACAUUUUUCACAUUCAUAAUUUUUGAAAAUCAUUGAGUAAUCAUUGAGUCCUUGACAACUUUCAAAUAAACGGAUUGGGAAAAGCCCAAUUCCUUGCUAGACAACGAAA